AUGCCGGGCAGUGCCACAGCCCUGGUCCUCACUGCCCUUCUGAGUCUUGGACAAACUUCUCACGAGACCUCUCUCCCAGGGCUGUUCCAGAGGCAGCAGAUCCUGGUCCAGCCAGGAACCCUCCCCAAACCCUCCAUCUGGGCUGACCCAGACACCAUCGUCCCCAGGGGGAGUCCUGUGACCAUCCGGUGUCAGGGGUCUUUGCAGGCUGAUACAUACCGUCUAUCUAGAGAUGGACAGUAUUUCUGGGAUAUGACCCUACUGAACUCUAGGGAGAGAGGGGGCUCCUUCACCAUCCAGUCCAUGGACAGGAACCAUGCAGGGCAGCAGUUCUGGUGUCGUUAUCACAGCUCCACUGGCUGGUCCCCGCUCAGUGAGCCCCUGGUCCUCACCAUGACAGGAGACUACUCUCCACCUGGGCCCUCACUCUUAGCCCAGCCAGGCUCUGUGGUGGCUUCAGGAGGGAAGGUGACCCUCAUCUGUAGCUCAGGCUACUCCUUCCAGACUUUCCAUCUGCUGAAAAAGGGACGAGUCCCCAUGGUCCAGCACAUGGACUCUCAGUACCCCAUGGGGAGGCACCUGGCCACUUUUCUUGUAGACCCCGUGAUCCCCUCCCACGGGGGCACCUACACGUGCUAUGGUUCUUCCAGCUCCAACCCCCAUGUGUGGUCACAGGCCAGCAACCAGGUGCAUCUCCUGGUCACAGGGGUGCACACGAAGCCCUCCCUCUCCGCACACCCGGGCUCCCCAGUGCUGUCUGGAGCCAGCCUGACCCUGCAGUGUGGCUCAGAGGCCAGAUUUGACAGGUUUGCUCUGACCAAAGACGAGCAGCUCUCACAUCCCAGGAACCUUGACGCUCAGCACAGUCCCAACUUCACCCUGAGCUCUGUGCAGGACACCGACGGGGGCCAGUAUAGGUGUUACGGUGGAUACAGUCUCUCCUAUGAGUGGUCAGCCCCCAGUGACCCCCUGGACAUCCUGGUGGCAGGAGCCUAUGGGAAACCCGUCCUCUCAGCCCAUCCGGGGCCCUCGGUGACCUCGGGGCAGAACGUGACCCUGCAGUGUCUCUCAGCCCUCUGGUUUGACACAUUCCUUCUGUUCAAGGAGGGCUUCGUUGUCCCUCUGCAGCACCUUCAUAGGCAGGACAAUCCUAGGCCCUUUCAGGCCACCUUCAUCCUGGGACCUGUGACGUCAGCCCAUGGAGGCACCUACAGGUGUUACACUUCACACAACACCUCCCCCUACCUGUUAUCACAGGCUAGUGACCCCCUGGAGCUGGUGGUCUCAGGAGGAUCCAAGGAUCAGCAGCGCACUACUGUGAAAUCAGACCCACCGAGAAGUCUCCCAGCAUCCCUGAAGAUUCUGAUUGGGGUCUCAGUGGGCUUUAUCCUUCUCCUCCUCCUCUUCCUUAUCGUCUUCUUCCUCAUCCGACAGCAGCGCCAGAGACAGCGCAGUGCCCAAGAGACCAAGACCAGAGACCAGCCCGAGAGCUCCAGCCCAGUCACCGAGGUCCCGGAGAACUUGUAUGCUGCCGUGAAAGACCCACAGCCUGAACAAGUAGAGCUGGACAGUCAGGUGGCUGCACCUGAGGACGCCCAAGAAGUGACAUAUGCACAGCUUAGUAACUUCACCCUCAGACGGGGCACAAGUGCACCCCCUUCCUCAGAGGAGUCCAACGAGCCCAGUGUAUAUGCAGCUCUGGCUACUCACUAG